AUGAGCAAAGCUCAUCUGCCAGAAGAAAAAUUUAUGGACUAGAAGUUAUCUUUAAAAUUAAAUGGUGGCAGACAUGUCCAAGGAAUUUUGCAGGGAUUUGAUCCCUUUAUGAAUCUUGUGAUCAAUGAUUGUGUGGAGAUGGCAGCUAGUGGACAACAGAAUAACAUUAGAAUGGUGGUAAUAUGGGAAAAUAGUAUCAUGUUAGAAGCCUUGGAACGAGUAUAAAUAAUGUUUGUGUUCAGCAGAGAAAUCAACUGCUUCUACAUGUCCCUUCCCCAAAGGUAUGUUUUUACUGUGAUGUAAUA